AUGCAAAGCACAGCGAUAAAAACAACUACAGAGAAGACGAGCCACCCAAGCGCCGUCUCAGCUGGCCUGCAGUCUCGCUUCCUCGCACCCUUUCUCCUGACGACGUCCUUUUCGUCUCCUUACGCCGUUCCCCUCGCCUCCCGACGCCCCUUUUCGCCUCCUCACAUUCCUUCUUUUCUCCCCCACGCACCCUUCCUCUUCUCUCCUGUUCCUCUUGCUUGCGGGCGCUGCUCUUCUCUCCCGACGUCCCUUCCCUUCGUCUCUCGACGCCCCUUCCUUUUCCCUCCCGACGCCCCUUCCUUUUCCCUCCCGACGCCCUUUCCUACGGCCUUCAAGAUUGCGCCCCUCGAGUAUCACGAUGACCUCUACGACUGGCUCAACAGGCCGCGCUACUUCGUCAGCCGGCGUGGGAGUCUCGCGAACCCCAAGCAGCGUUUCCCUACGAAGAAGGAAGGUGUGAGAGGCCGCUUGGCCCGAAGCCAGUCCCUGCUGAGGAAGUUCCUAGCGAAGGGCAUCUCUUACGGCAACGGGCUGCUCUCUACAAGUGCUUCAUGGCUUCCUCCGCUGGUGCUGCCGAGGCUGCUCAAGAGACUCGCCGUGUGUGCUUGCGUCUUCAUCGUCAUGUGGGUUAUCUUCAACGGCCUCUUCCCCUCGAGCGCCGAUCAGGCUCAGAAAGAAGACGAAGCCGUAGUAGUCGCCAGAGGCCUUUCUUCGGACGACGCUCUCCUGCACUAUGACUUGGAAGAACUUCAGUCUCCCGAACGCCGAUAUAAUCUUUUCCGGAAGAUCUACGGCGGAGAACAGGCCGCUGGACAUCCCUACAGACAGCUCUACAAGAGACCACUUCCUGUGCAGGAGCCUAUCCCUAUGAUGUCACUUGCUCUUCCAGGUCAGCCACCAGAUGGCGCUGUUCCGGAUGGAGUCAACGACGUUCCUUCCGAUGACGUCGUCUUGAAGUACGAGGACGAGGCCUUGAAGACGAUCGACGGAAGGUACGGCCUCUUCGCGAAGAUUUACGGAAGGAGCGGUCGUAGGACCGGCUGGUUCCUCAACACCAAGCUCUACGGGGACCAGCCGGCCCAUUUCGGCCUGCCGGGGCAGCCUGUUGGCGUUCCCGGGCAGCCUGUUGGCGCUCUGGGACAGCCUGUUGUUGUUCCAGGACAGCCUGUUGGCGCUCUGGGACAGCCUGUUGUUGUUCCAGGACAGCCUGUUGGCGCUCUGGGACAGCCUGUUGUUGUUCCAGAACAGCCUGUUGGCGCUCUGGGACAGCCUGUUGGUGUUCCUGGACAGCUUGUUGGCGCUCUGGGACAGCCUGUUGGCGCUCUGGGACAGCCUGUUGGUGUUCCAGGACAACCUGAUCUAAUUCGGUAUCCUGGACAAAACAUCGGCUUACAAGGGCAGCUCCCUGGUCAGCCCGCUGUGAUUCCAGGCCAGCUUCCCGGCGGCGCCCCAGCUCAGCCAGCAGCCAUGCCAGGCCAGGCGAAGGUGCCCAAGGUCAGCCAGCAGCCAUGCCAGGCCAGGCGAAAAGGCGCCCAAGGUCAGCCAGGAAUUCUUCCAGGUCAACCGGUCGGUCAGCCCGUGCAAGUUCCAGGAAUCCAGGCUCUCGGGGCACCAGGUCAGCCUCCGGUUCAGGUCGCUGGAGCACCAGGUCAGCCCAGGGCCCCGGCGAAUGAAAACGGCGGCUUGGGCGAGAACCCUUUCAAUAAGUUCCCUGAAGGAGGAGCCGCCCAGCCCGCGGAAGGCGACGAAAGGGAAGCGGCAGCUGAGGACAUCGUGCCCUCAAGCAGGAAUGUCACCAUGCCCGCAACCCGCUUAGUGAUCUUCAGCGCCGUGCCCAAGUGCGGCUCUUCUACCACGGCCAGGCUCUUCAAAACUUUAAGUUCACUAAAUCGCUUCACGGCAAUGGUGCCCCAGAUACGCAUUCAACCUCGAUUAGCAGAACAACAGCGCGAAAUUCUGCUGAAGAAUCUGAUGACUCAUGCCCUGAAGGUACCCGUGGCCUACGUCAGACACCUCUUCUAUAUGGAUAACGUUAAACUGGGCUUCCCUCAAGUAUCCUGGAUGGCUAUAGUAAGAGAUCCUGUGGAACGCCUCAUCAGCCAAUUCUACUAUAUUAGGAUCGAAUCUCGCUAUGAUAAUAUCAAGCUACUCGAAGGAAGGAAACCAACCCAGGAAUUCUUAAACAUGACCCUUGACGAGUGCGUGCCGGCCAAGGACACGAGGUGCUGGUAUCGCCAAGGCACUCACCAGAUGUUGCAACUUUCCUUCUUCUGUGGACAAGAGACCUUUUGCCAGCUCGUCGGAAACCGCAAGGCGCUGCAGUUGGCCAAAUACCACGCAGAAACGCGGUACACUGCCGUGGGCAUAUUGGAAGAGCUGCCCCUCUCGUACAAGGUGUUCCAGCACUACCUGCCCUUGUUCUUCGCGAGGGCCACCACGCUCGAGGAGGGAACGGGCAAUAUGCGAUGGAACAGUCAAGACGAAAAGCCAGCAGUCUCUGAGCGGACGAAGAACUUGAUGAGGUCCUACUUGAAGGAGGACUUGGAAUUCUAUCAUUUCCUCAAGCAACGACUUUAUCUCCAAGCUGAAGCGAUAGCGAAACAGCAGUAGUUUUUUUUUUUUUUUUUUAAUUUAUUAUUAUCAUUAUUAUUUUUGUAGAUAUGGGUCCAUUUUUGUUUUGUUUAUAUAAAUGACGAGACUGCAGUAUGCCUGUGUUUGCUUUUUCACUUACGAAAAAGUGCAUAUUAUUUCUCUCUCUCUCUCUCCUUCCCUCCCUUUCUGUCUGCUUGUUUUGCAAUCAAGAAAAAAAUCGAGAAUACUUUAAACUUGGAAGAGAGCCUGUCUUUAAAGCCAACAAACAAACAGAUAAACAAACAAAUAAAAACAAAACAGAAGACAAUACAGUUUCUAAUUAAUGAAAAAAAAAAACGACUAUCAAAAAGUUAAAAGUCCAUAACUAGAAAUCAUAUGGAAGGAUUUUGAUUUCAAUGCAUCUGAACAGUCUUGUACCAACGCGUUAUAACGCCUUCUAACAUGAGCCCUUAAAUGCAGGUAAUAACGCAUCGCCGCCCAUUGGAAGUCAUGUGAUCUGAACCAGGUCAGAGCAACUCUUUUUACAUCUUCAACCGAUGGAAAAUUGGUACCUUUCAAUGAUUUUUUAAAAGUUUAGAAACAAAAUAGAAAUGGGAUGGGGCUAAAUCAUGCUGUAAGGUGAUGUACGAUUUCCCAUCGAAAUUCUUGUCUGCCGAACGCAGUGAGCGGUGCAUUGUCGUGGUGGAAGAGAAUGCGUUGAUGCAGCUUUACAGGGCGUUUUUUUAGGACAGUUUUCUCAAA